UGUGUAACACGUUGCGGUAUCUGAAAUGCACCCAUUCCAAGAUGAUGCCCUGGAUAGAAUGGGCAAAGUUAUCGGCUAUACCCAAGUGUAUCUGUUUACGAUCCUUCUGAUGUAUGUCUGCUACACAUUUCGAACAUCUGCGUGCACUUUGCAAGCGGACGACCCGCCUUCUAAUGUCUGUCUGGGGACUGUGGCUUUGACGCUGACAAUGUUGGCCAUAUCUGUCAGUUUGGCGGUGGGCAUAUCUUUGAGACAUGCAUAUUACUUAUUACCAUGGCUUAUAAUGUCCGUUUUCACUGUCAUACUGAUAAGUGCAUAUCUAGUGAUGUAUGGAAACCUAUUCUUGGCUGUCUUGGGUUCGUUAAUUUUGUUUAUGGUGAUGUUGUCAUGGUAUCCCUCAUUUAGACUCUACCAAAGAUAUCGUUGCGAAAGCAGAUCCGAAUUGAAUAUUCGCUCCACUCAGAGUCCCCUUGAAGAAGUGUCUCCCCUCUAUGGAAUGUUGCCUUCAUCAUCAUUGCCUAAAUACAGCGAUGUUGUAAGAGAUCCUUUGGAGGCAUAUACAGUGGAACCUCCUGCCUAUGAUGAGAUUAUAAUUAUGAAAGGAAAGUCACUGGUUGACACAUAAAAGCCGUUUGUUUUCUGGAAUUCGGAUAUUACACCAAGAGGCUUUCUUUACUCUGUCCUGAAAGUUUUUGUAAUUUGAGUUGGUUUGAGUUCGUUGCCACUAAACGCGAUGAGUG